UCUUCUUAAGUCAUGAGCGAGGUGAGAAGGGAUUUUCCCAGAGAAAAAACCCUAAAGAGCGAAGAUGAUAAUUCCCGUCCGUUGCUUCACUUGUGGGAAGGUGAUUGGAAAUAAAUGGGAUACGUAUCUUGAUUUACUGCAGGCCGAUUACACCGAAGGAGAUGCUCUUGAUGCAUUGGGGUUGGUUCGAUAUUGCUGCCGAAGAAUGCUGAUGACUCAUGUUGAUCUCAUUGAGAAGCUUCUGAACUACAAUACUUUGGAGAAAUCUGAGGGAAGUUGAUACUGCUUGUCAAGUACAAACUAUUUGGGGGUACUGCCAUUUGUUGUGGUAUUAUUGUAGUAUCAACUUUUGUUGUGUAAGGAGGCAACCUGUUUGGAACCAUUUAUCUGUUUAUCAGAGAUGUAUGCCAUGCGAAUAGCAGAACAGAAGUAUUCUCUUUUCACCCCAUCCGUUUAGUUGUUGGGAACCCUCAGAUGUUGAUUUUUAUGGGAAUGUUUUGCUCGUCGAAAUCGACUUUUUGAUUUGUGCAGUCAUUUAUUUCCUUCUUAUUCUUACUCGUUUUCCUUCUUCUUUAUAAAAAUCAUCACAGAUUCAAGUUGA